AUGUCCGUCAGCGAGCCUAAGGAAAAACUCGAACAAAAAAGUAUAAAACUGGCCGUACACGAGAUCAAUCCGAGCUACACGGUGCGCGUAAUAUGUUGCGUGGUUUUCAUUUGUUUGACGGAAAUUUUCCUCGCGCAUUACGUUUACAGGCUUAUAAACUCGGAAAUACGGGAGACGUACGUGAGCAAAACCGACAUAUUGCAACAGUUUCAAACACAAUUUCGCUCGCAACCGUUUCGCGACGAAGUGAUUAGGAUUUUCAAAGACCUGAAGGAUCCCGCUCCCAAGGACUUAAGAACAAAACGCAGUGUCGUUUCAGGCGGGGCCGGGUAUAAUUUUCUAACGCAAAGCGAAGAACCCCACGUGGAAUUUUUCUUGGAGGAGACUGAGGAGGAGGCGAGGAGGAAAGCCUCUAACGGGAACGCUCCCGGAGGGGAUUCGUGGAUAUGGGUCACCAGUUCCAGCAGGAUACCGGAAAAAGCACUGGAGGGGUACUGUCAAAAAGUAAAAGAGUUCUGUCCAUUAAAACCAGGUCCGCAUGGUCCGAAAGGCGACCACGGGGAAAGAGGUUUGCCUGGAUUACCUGGAAUUCCUGGUGCUCAAGGUCCUCCUGGGUUUCCUGGCGAAAAAGGAGACGCCGGUCGUCCAGGGAGGGACGGAUUUCAUGGGGAGAAAGGCGAGCAAGGUCGUUCCGGUCUGGACGGAAGAGUGGGUAUACCAGGAGCUCCAGGUUUAGACGGACUACCUGGAAGGAACGGACACGAUGGUAUGCCAGGUAAAGACGGUUUACCCGGUAAGGAUGGUAAAGACGGCAUUAAUGGGCAAAAAGGUGACAGGGGACUGCCCGGACCGCAAGGCCCUCAAGGUCUUAGAGGCUUGACGGGACCACGAGGUCGCCCCGGAAAACCCGGCAAUCAUGGAACCCCGGGCAUACCUGGGAUAACAGCCUGGAAAAUAAUGGAUAAUUCUUCUCAUUACCUUGUUCCUCCUUCGAUUGCAGGGGCGCAAAAUAACCCUAUGGGCCCCAUUGUCGUUCACGAAGGGGAAAACGUACGUCUACACUGUUCAGCUACUGGUAUACCUGCGCCCCACAUAACGUGGCAGAGAUUCGACAACAGACCGAUUAAUAGAGGCGCUUGGCAAGAUGUUCAGGUUUUCGGUCCUACGCUGAAUAUUACCCGAGUCAAUAGGGAUCAUAUGGGAGCGUACUUGUGCAUAGCGGACAAUGGGGUUCCGCCUCAAGCGAAUCAAACGUUUAAUCUGGAAGUUUAUUUUCCUCCUUUAGUUCGCAUACCGAAUCAGAUGGUGGGCGUGGUAAAUGGUUCAACAGCUGUGCUCGAGUGCGAAACUGAAGCUUUCCCGGAACCGAUACGGUAUUGGGAACGGUCUGACGGCAAACUUCUGGAAAGUGGCGAUAAAUUUCGAAUAGACAAUUCGUUCUUUAGAAACGGAUACAAGUCCAGGAUGCAAGUGAACAUCACGAGGGUAACCGUGCACGACAUGCAGUACUUUUAUUACUGCGUAAGUAAAAACGAGCUCCAGAUGACGAGAGGCGAGUUUAAAUUAUACGAACUCGAUCCCAACAUGCCGCCGCCACGCAGGACUUCGAUCAAGGAAUCAAUCUUCGGCGUCCCCCCGCCUGACAAAGUAUCUCUGGACGACUUGUGCGGUCCCCCCGUUCAGUGUCCCGAAUGUGACAAGGAAACUGUUAAAUGCAACCCGAGCGGAGUGUCUCUCAUAGACUUAAUUACAAGAUGGGAGGUGAGGCCUUACGGAGAGGAUAAGAGGUGGAGCGGCAACUUAUCCAGAGCUACAGAUUGUGUUCUUUACGCUGUUGGAAAAGCUGUAUUUCACAGAGAAUCUUCUUAUAAUUACGGCUGGUGGAUGAAAGAUCCAAGUACGGAGCAAGACAAGUACUGGAUGACGAAGGAAAACAACACCGCGGUGCUUUUCGAAUACAACAACAAAACGUCAUUCGAAAAAGAUAUGUCGACCAGACAGUACCACCUGGACCAUCCAUUUGGCGGCAACUCUCACGUAGUUUACAACGGCCUCUUUUUCUACAACGUGAAGGACACGACGAGAAUCAUAAAGUUUAAUUUGGGAAAUGAGAGUACCGUGUCGUUAGACCUACCCGUACCCACCAAUCACACAACCAAGCUGUAUUCCAGCCAGUACAAUUAUGUCGACUUCUGUGUAGACGACAAUGGCUUAUGGAUAAUAUUUGCAGUACCAGAUUGCAACAAUACGGCAGUUAUGAAGGUAGACAUAGAAUUGAUGAAACCGCAAUACAUUUGGAAUAUAAGUAUCGACCAUCAUAAAGUUGGCGAAAUGUUCGUCGUCUGUGGCGUGCUUUACGCUGUCGAUAGCGUCACGGACCGCACUAGUAAAAUCCGGUUCGCUUUGGACCUCUACAAGAAUGUUUUACUUGAUGUCGACCUAUCUUUCACUAACCCAUUUAGAAAGACCACCAUGUUGGGAUAUAAUCAUAGGAACUCGGAAUUGUAUUCGUGGGAUAAAGGAAAUCAAUUAACUUAUCCGGUGCGAUACCACCAAAUAGGGUACAAUUCUACAAAGAAGGAAGAAAAGCCAUUAGAGACAUCGGAUUAUCCAACCGCUUCCAAACACACCGGCUACGAUAUCUACUGAUUAAUAUUUCUUAUUGCGACUUUUUCUAAAUGCCUUGCGUGAUUCAUAUUAGUGCGUGCAUCGUUAUUUUGUGAACCAUCCGGAGAUACGAAAAAAAAAUUCUACCACAUCUACCCACACGUCAGAAUUAUAGGAGACGCUGCAGCAUCAACUGAUGUCAAUUCCAAUGAGAAUUUUGGUUAGUUCUGUAUUACAUAAUAUAAUAGUAAAAAUUUUUCAAACUUUUAAAACGUGCUCAAAAUAACCUCAAAAAGGUAGCGUUUCCAUAAUUAUCACUUCACAUCCCCAAUGGUUCUGAAAAUUCAAUGAUUACGCAUGGUAUACACGAAGACGUGAAAUUUUAUACUUUGUGUUCGUGGAACGAAUGAUUGGAGGUUUUGGGGCGGAUAAGAAGCAAUAUCUUUUGUAAAAAUCUAAUCUAAAAUAUUCCUGUGCAACUGGAGUUUCAAUAUUCAAAUAAAGGCACAUUUGUUCAUACGUUUUUUUUAUGAAAAUUGCGGUAAGUAGCGUAAGUAAAAUAUUUUGUAUUCUACACUGUCGUAUUUUAGAAGCAAUACUCAUUGGUUUUCUAAAAUUGGAACGGUGUAAACUUUCCAUUGGGUAAGAAAAAUUAUUUCAGUAUAACCGUUCUUAAAGUAAUUUAUGGUACGAAAAUGUUUUAUUAUUUUUAAGCAAUUAUUGUUUAAAUCGUAAAGUUUUCGACAGAGAUAAUAAUGAACAAUUUUGAAGACUUAGAUAAUAUACCGCGUGUACAAAAGGUAUGGAAAAAGUGGAAUCGUCAAAAAUCACACAACUGAUCAAAAAAUAAAGAAAUGUUUUUAAAUAUUGGAUUAUUAGUAUUAAAUAAUUAGAAACAUAUCCCGCCAUCCUAAUCCACCGAUGAUUGAGAUUGUAUGCCACAAAAACGUCAGUUUCUGUUCGAAGUUUUCUUUUGGAUUCUCGGUAGCUGUAACGACCAAGAAAUUUUUUAUAAAUAAUUAAUUAAUGAAAUUUAUCCUAUUUUUCAGGAAAUACGAGGGUGAAUAUUAUGAAUCCGACUUGAAUGUUAUUAUACCUUUGUUUUAACAGAUUUUUUCUACUUCCUACUCUAAUAUCCAACUCUAUGUUUUUAUUGACAAAGACGAUAAUUUUUUUUUGACUACAUCGAGCGUCGAAAUGAAAUUUCUCAUAAAACUUGAACCUGUGGCAUAGAAUCCGAAUCUCUAAUUAAAAAAUGGGGUUAUUGUUUUUUUCCGAUAUUUAAAAGCAUGUUUUUGGUUUUUCUGAUCAAUUGUGUAAUUCUUGAGGUAGUCUAUCU